CGUCGGCCAUGGCCAGCGCGCCCGUCGAAAUCCUCGCCUUCCUGCUGGUCAUCUCGGGCUGGGUGCUGGUGUCCUCCACGCUGCCCACCGACUACUGGAAGGUGUCCUCCCUCGACGGCACGGUCAUCACCACGGCUACUUUCUGGGCCAACCUUUGGAAGACCUGCGUGACCGACUCCACCGGCGUGUCCAACUGCAAGGACUUCCCUUCCAUGCUGGCGCUUGACGGUUACAUCCAGGCUUGCAGAGGACUCAUGAUUGCUGCUGUCUGCCUUGGGUUUUUUGGCUCUGUUUUUGCACUGAUUGGGAUGAAGUGUACAAAAGUUGGAGGCUCAGACCAAACUAAAGCUAAAAUUGCUUGUUUUGCUGGCCUGAUUUUUAUUCUUUCAGGACUGAGCGCGUUGACUGGUUGCUCCCUCUAUGCCCACCGAAUCACAUCUGAGUUCUUUGACCCCACAUUUAUUGCACAAAAGUAUGAACUAGGAGCAGCUUUAUUCAUUGGUUGGGCUGGAGCGUCACUUUGCAUAAUUGGUGGCAGCAUUUUCUGCUUCUCCAUUGCUGAAAACAAACAAACUUCAAGGAUGAUAUAUACAUACAACAGACCUGCUUCUGUGGUAUCUACUCGAACCAAGGCCUACUCAGCAGAUUUUAAAACAUCCAAGAGCCCUCCAAAGCACUUCGACAAAAAUGCCUAUGUGUAGCUGGAUGGUGGAAGAAACCUUUUUAUUUUUAAAAAAUCACACACACACGCUGUCAACCCACAGGAUGAUUUUUAGAAGUGGCUUCAUGUCUUGAGCAUCAGCAGUUCAGACUAUUUUGUAAAUGAACUUUUUUCUACUUGAUGUAAAUUUUCUUCAUCCCUUGUUUUAUGAUUUAUACUUAUAUUAGACAUAAAUUAUAUC